UGUCAGAGAAAUAAAACAUUCCUCAGCUUCAGAGUGAGACGGCUUCAUUCGGUCCUGACGGUUCCUGUGGCUCUGCACACAAAUUAGAGCUCAGACGGUUUCAGCAGACAGCCAGGUGCAACUUUCAGCAGCUCUCUGACGGGAAAACAAGAGAAGGAUUGGGUUUGAAUCAGAGGAUAAUCCAAACGCAGGAUGAUCCCAGGAGUCUGUUUGGGGUUCUUUAGAGUCCCUCUGUUUCUCCUCCUGCUGAGCUCGGUCUCAGGGUUGUUACAGAUGGAUCACCGCAGAGAUGCAGAUGACAACCAGGAGUUAAAUAAAGCAAUCUUAGAGAUGCUGCAUAUCAACAAAGUGUCUGCGAGCCAUCAGAAUAAACCUCAUCCCUACAUGAGGAAGAUCUACCAGCGCCUGGACUCUCUGGAGGAUCAGGACUUUGAGAGCUCUGAUGGAACGCUGGUGCAGAGCUUCAGGAGUGUUGAUGGUCCGCCUACCGCUCCUCCAGGCUGGAUCUGGUUCAACAUCAGUAGCCUGAGCCCCUCCAUGCUGGGUGCAGAGCUGGUUCUGUUCAGGAAAACCCUGCACCCCCAUGCCCUCAGCGUGACCGUCUCCCUGCACAGCUUCACCUCAUCACAGGACGUUCUGAAGGAGAGCCCCGUCCUGGAGGAGAGGCUGCUGACCCUGGACCAGAGACCACCAUCUGGAUACGAUGUGUUCGACGUGUCGGCCGUCCUGGACGUGAGGCCUGUGGAGGCGGUGGGAUUUCAGCUUCGUUACACGGAUGAGAGCGGGAGUCUGGUCCUCCAUGAAGCUCUGACUCAGAGUCUGUACUGUCUGAACAGAGGGUCUCUGAGAGAACCCUUACUGGUGCUCUACCAGGCUCACCCCCUGCCUGUCUAACACCACAGGGACCACAGUGAGAGCUAAAUGUUUGUUUUAAAGUUUGGGUCAGUUUGUCUGUCAGUUUGGGUGUUGUGACUUUAAGAAAUGUGAACGUAUAAUUUAAACCUUAGUACCUGAAUCUCAUUACCUUGUAGCUUGUAAUGGGUUUGGGAAAUCAUCCAGAAAAAAAUGUAGUCUCUAAAUUAUAAGUGGGGCUGCAUUUUGUUGGAGGUGCAAACAUAUUUACAACACUUCCCUUUAUACUUCUAAAAUAAGCUUAGAAUAGAACUCUAAUAAAAGCAGUAAAGUUGUAACCCGGGUCAGUUAAAGCUCUGAAACGUGAUAAAGCUGAUUUUUCUGAUGCUUUUAUUUUGCCUUCUUUAAGCCAAUUUUGCUUUACUCCCUUCUUGUUAGCGGAUGCUUUUAUUUUGAAAGGACGCCAACUUCCUGUUGAUGGUUGAAACAGCAGGAUUGAGGCUAAACUGUGAUAUAAAGGGUAAACACGUGAAAUAUUUUCUGUUAUAGCAUCCCCUGUAGAGGUUAAAGAUGAAUUCUGACAGAAAUAAGAUGAUAUGAUUAAAACGCUUUGUACUGUAA